AUGGAAGAAAACAAGAGCAAAGUAACACUACAUGGGAUGUGGGCAAGCUCAUACUCAAAGAGGGUCGAAAUAGCCUUAAAACUCAAGGGUAUACACUACGAGUACGUCGAAGAAGAUUUUAGGAACAAGUCGGAGUCUCUGAUUCAACUCAACCCUGUUCACAAGAAGGUCCCUCUUCUUGUCCAUGACGGUAAACCACUGGCCGAGUCACAAGUGAUUCUUGAAUAUAUCGACGAAACGUGGAAGAACUCUCCUCGUCUCUUGCCAGAGGAUACUUAUGAAAGGGCUCAGGUCCGGUUCUGGGUCAGCUACAUAAACCAACAGGUGAUUGAGGUCAUGGGUCAAGUUCUGUUCCAAGAAGGCGAAGCUCAAGCAAAGUCUAUAGAAGAGGCUAGAGAGAGGUUCAGAGUUCUUGAAGAGGGACUAAAGAAGCAUUUUCCGGAUAAAUCCAUCAGAGAGAGUGAUGACGUAGGGCUUCUGGACAUCGCCAUCAUCUCUACUUUUGGAUCACAAAAAGUUUAUCAUGAAGUGCUCGGUGUAAGGGUGAUCAAUCCAGUGAGCACUCCGACUUUAUACAACUGGAUAGAGAGCCUGAAAGAGCUGACAGUGAUGAAAGAAGCAGAAGUGCCUCGUGAUAGGUUGGUGCCUUUUCUCCAGAUGUAUAGACAAUGGCAUCUCCAGCAGGCUGCAAACGCGUAACGGGGAUCAUAAUAUUGUUUUAUGGCAGAUACACUAAUGUAUGAUAUUGAAACUAAAUAAAUGUAUCUUCAUGCUUUCUAUAGUCACUGCAUCAGAAUUCACAUGGCUACAACUGUGAAACCCUUUUUCUGCGUAGCCUUUUAUAUCUCUAAGACCAUCAAAAAGAAGUUCGUAAGCAUAAUAUGUAAUACAGCUCUUCUUCAACAGAUCCUCCAAGACAAGCUUAGCCUUUUAGGCUUGAUGCUGCUGUUACAUAAUCAUUUGGUCAGCGU